CUUCUGCUAUCCAUGCAAAAACCAACCAUGGCAACUGCUAAAUCUCUCAGAUCUCCCCUUUUCAUCCCUUUUCUUUUGCUGGCCUCGUGCCUUAGCAGUGCUAAUGGUGAAAAAUUCAAAGCUAAUGUUACAAUAGCUAAUGGUCUGGCGUAUGGAUUCUACAGAUACACAUGUCCUCAGGUUGAAUUUAUUGUCAGAAAGUAUCUGAUGCAAGUUUACAGGAGGGACGUCGGCCAAGCAGCUGGAAUUCUUCGUCUCCACUCCCAUGACUGCUUUGUUCAGGGAUGCGAUGGAUCGGUGUUGCUGGAUAGAUCACCCGAGAGGACGGAACUUCCCAACUUGAGCUUGAGACCACAGUCGUUUGAGAUCAUAGAAACUCUUCGCCAAAUUGUACACUCGCAGUGUGGCCGUGUCGUCUCUUGUUCUGAUCUUCUCACACUUGCCGCUCGUGACGCCGUCUUCUUUACAGGUGGGCUUGACUAUGCAGUCCCUUUAGGAAGGCGAGAUGGGGUAACAUUCCCAAGAAUAAACCAAACAUUUGAAGACCUGGUGGCUCCAACUGCUAAAACAACUGAAAUUCUAACAAAGUUUGCUCGAAAAGACUUAAAUUUAGUCGACACUGUAGCCCUGUCCGGAGCUCACAGCAUUGGCAUCGCCCAUUGCAUCACUUUUGAGGAACGUCUGUUUCCUGAUAGAGAUCCGACAAUGGAAGUUUCUCUCUUCAACAGUCUUAGGCAAGUUUGUCCUGCACCAGGCGCCACAGCUCCAGUCUGGUUGGAUUUUCGAUCCCCUAACAGAUUCGACAACUUGUACUACAUUGAUCUCAUGAACCGCCAGGGCAUAUUUACCUCGGACCAAGAUUUGUUUGAAGAUCCUAGGACGAGGCCAACUGUUAUUAGUUUUGCUGCUAACCAACGUUUGUUCUUCAGGAACUUCGCCAUUGCCAUGACCAAAAUGGGGAUUGUGGAUGUGUUGACAGAUGGACAAGGGGAAAUUCGUGGCAGAUGCAGCAUGAGGAAUUCUGAUGUUAACGAUUUGGAGUCUGUAGUGGAACAGGAUCUGGGUCCAUCAUCCUCUGCUUCCAUUUAAUUGCUAACAGCAGAUGCCGACAUCCCUUCAACUUGUAGUUUUCGAACUUACUCGUGUGCUUCUUGGUUGUAAUAGCAGCUUUGCUUCUUGUCAAUAAAAUGGUUGGAUCUAGUAAUCA